AAACGCAGAGCGAGUCUAACCGUUUCUGUACGGCUCCAUCCACCAUUUUGUUUAUUUUCCUGUGAAAUAGGUGGAUUGUGAUUCGGUGUAACUUUUGAGUUUUAGUGUAUUUGAAGAUCUGAGAAUAUAUAAAUUACUUGUAAUAUAUAUGGUUCGGUUGUUUCCCCUGGUAACAGGGGGUGAAGAAAUCCGCAGACAUUGGGCGCAUCGCGAGUAAACACGUUAAAGUGACCGUGUCCGGUAAAAACUCCUAUAAUACAGGGAAAGAUCGUGCGGUCACUCUUAGUCUCAAAAAAUCAAAAAUCCAGAGCCAAAUUGCUGCUAUUGAAAAUAUGAAUCACGUGAAUGACAAAGAAAAUCAAAAUAAUGACGUGGAAGAAAUGGACACUCAGGAAGUCGAGACUGUGGAGGCAGCAAACGAUGCAGGCGGAGGGGAUGGUGGUGGAGAGAAUCAGCAAAUGAAUGGUGAAACUCAGGAUCAGAGUGUAUCGCAGGAUGCAGAAAUGGAAGAAGAUGAAGCUCGCUCCGAAGCAACAUUUCGUUAUACAGUACAUGGCUUCAGCAAGCUGAAGGAAUCACAGUUGUCUCCUCCAUGUUAUGUGCGCAAUUUACCAUGGAAGAUAAUGGUGAUGCCUCGAACCAGUCAGACACAGGACAGACAAACACAAAGAAGCCUAGGUUUCUUCUUACAGUGUAAUGGCGAAUCAGAAUCAUCAUCAUGGAGUUGUUAUGCUGUUGCUGAGUUACGGCUUCUUAGCCAGAAGGAAGAUGGAGAGCUGUUUAGUCGUAAAAUUCAGCAUCUGUUCUACAGCAAAGAAAAUGAUUGGGGUUUUAGCCACUUCAUGUCAUGGCAAGAUGUACUCGAUCCAGAGAAAGGAUUUAUCAAGGAUGAUACCAUCACUUUAGAGGUCCAUGUAGUGGCAGAUGCUCCUCAUGGUGUGAGCUGGGACUCGAAGAAACAUACCGGCUAUGUUGGACUGAAGAAUCAGGGUGCAACCUGCUACAUGAACUCUCUCUUGCAGACCUUGUACUUCACCAAUCAACUCCGAAAGGCUGUGUACAAGAUGCCAACAGAGAGUGAUGACUCAAGCAAGAGUGUGGCUCUUGCAUUGCAGCGAGUCUUUCAUGAACUGCAGUUCUGUGACAAACCAGUAGGCACAAAGAAAUUAACUAAGUCAUUUGGAUGGGAAACACUAGAUUCAUUCAUGCAACAUGAUGUCCAGGAGUUCUUGCGAGUGUUGCUAGACAAGUUGGAAAGCAAGAUGAAGGGGACUUGUGUGGAAGGAACAGUUCCCAAGCUCUUUGAAGGGAAGAUGGUUUCUUUCAUAAAAUGCAAAAAUAUUGAUUACAAAUCAACAAGAGUGGAAACUUUUUAUGACAUCCAACUGAAUAUUAAAGGAAAGAAAAAUAUUGAAGAGUCUUUCCAUGACUAUAUUGCGACUGAGGUGCUUGACGGAGAUAACAAGUAUGAUGCAGGUGAACACGGACUACAAGAUGCUGAGAAGGGUGUUAUCUUUGCUUCAUUUCCUCCUGUAUUACAUCUACACCUUAUGAGGUUCCAGUAUGACCCCAUAACUGAUUGUUCUGUGAAGUUCAAUGACAGGUUUGAAUUCUAUGAAAAGAUAAACCUAGAGUCAUAUCUGCAGCCACAAGAGCCAACACGAGCAGACUACACGUUGCAUGCAGUAUUGGUCCACAGUGGUGAUAACCAUGGAGGCCACUAUGUUGUCUUCAUUAAUCCUAAGGGUGAUGGCAAGUGGUGCAAAUUUGAUGAUGAUGUGGUAUCAAGAUGCACAAAACAGGAGGCAAUUGAUCACAACUUUGGUGGCCAUGAUGAUGAUAUGAAUAUGACAGUGAAACACUGCACCAACGCCUACAUGUUGGUGUACAUCCGUGAUUCAGAGCUGAAAAACGUACUACAGGAAGUGACUGAGGAGGACAUUCCACAGGAGCUUGUAGAACGACUGCAAGAAGAGAAGCGAAUGGAACAGAUCCGGCGUAAAGAGCGUAAUGAGGCACACCUUUAUAUGUCAGUGCAGGUGUUGCUGGAAGAUAGCUUUGAUGGGCACCAAGGGAAUGAUCUGUAUGACCCUGAUCGAGCCCUUUACAGGGUGUUCCGGGUUCGUAAACAGACAAUAUUGCAGGAGUUGCUAGAACAGCUGGCUGACAGUCUUAAAUACCCUAUUGAACAAAUUAGGCCAUGGCCAUUUGGUUAUCGAUCAAACCAGACAUGCCGCCCAACCCUAAUUGACCUCGAAACUGACCUGCACAAACCAGUACUGGAUGUCGCAGAAAACCAGAAUCCGUGGAACAUAUUUGUAGAGGUGGUACCCCCAGAUUCAGGUUUACAGGCUCUUCCACCAUUUGAUAAGGAUUCUGAUGUUCUGCUGUUCUUCAAGUUGUAUGACCCAAAGACAAAGCGAGUACACUAUUGUGGUCACCUUUAUAUGCCUGUUGCAGCCAAAGUCCAGGAACUCAUUCCUCUACUAAAUGAGCGGGCAGGCUUUCCGCCAGAUACAGACUUGAUACUUUAUGAGGAAAUAAAGCCUAAUAUGGUCGAGCGAAUUGAAAACUACAAUGAGCCCCUAGAGAAAGUACUUGAAGAACUGAUGGAUGGUGAUAUCAUAGUGUUCCAGAAGGAUGAACGAGAUGACAUGUAUGAACUGCCAACAUGUCGAGAUUAUUUCAGGGAUUUGUUCUACAGAGUGGAGGUUACGUUCUGUGAUAAAAUGAUUCCUAAUGAUCCUGGUUUCACGAUUGACCUAUCACAGAGAAUGACGUAUGAUCAGAUGGCGCAUGCUGUGGCACAGAGAGUUGGCACAGAUCCUUACCUUUUACAGUUCUUCAAAUGUCAGAAUUACAAGGACAGUCCAGGCCACCCCCUCCGAUGCACAUAUGAAGGAACAUUGAAAGACUUACUAGUAUAUUGUAAACCAAAAACACCGAAGAAGAUGUUUUACCAGCAGCUGAGUAUACGAAUCAACGAGUUGGAAAAUAAGAGGCAGUUUAAGUGUAUCUGGGUGGGUCCAAAGCUGAAGGAGGAGAAAGAACUGAUCCUUUAUCCUAACAAGAAUGGCACAGUAGCAGAUCUCUUGGAAGAAGCCAGGAAGCAAGUUGAGCUUUCAGAGAAUGGCUCAGGGAAACUUAGGAUAUUUGAAAUUACUUGCAGUAAAAUAGCAUAUGGACCUAGGGAAGAUGCAACACUGGAAUCAUUGAACACUGGUACCCCAAAAAGCUAUAGGAUAGAGGAAAUCCCACGAGAUGAGUUGAACUUGGCAGAUGAUGAAAUGUUGAUUCCAGUUGCCCACUUUCACAAGGAUGUCUUCGCUGCAUUUGGAAUUCCUUUCUUCAUAAAAGUGAAACAAGGAGAGCCCUUCUCAAAAGUAAAAGAUAGAUUACUGAAGAAAUUAGGCAUACAAGAAAAAGAAUUUGAAAAGUUUAAGUUUGCCCUUGUGUUAGUGGGAAGACCACAGUUUAUCAAUGAAGAAUCUGAAUUCUACAUGAAUUUACAAGAAUUCAGAAACCAUCAAAAUCAAGGGAGUAAUACACCAAGGCCUUGGUUGGGCUUAGAGCAUGUCAAUAAGGCUCCAAAGCGUUCCCGGUUCAACUAUUUAGAGAAGGCUAUCAAGAUCUACAACUGAGCUCAGGUCUGUGGUCAGCUGUGCCCCUGUUACAUAAACUGGAACUUUGCACAUCAGAUAACCAUGGCAUAUAUCUUGAAGUUAGAAAAAUGUAAGAAUUCUGAGAAUGCUUUGGGACGAAGAGGAAUGAUCUGUGCAUUUGUUCAGUACUCUCCUUUGAAACAAUAUUUUAUGCCUCCAUCUGACUGCUUCCCUUGAACUUUGUUGGAUCGUCAAAAUAAGGGUUACAGCAAGGAUCUGACAGUGCAUAUACUGGUUGAAAAAACAAAGGAUAAAAGUGCAGUUUCUGUGUUGUAGCAGCAGCAGUAACAUUUGGUUACUGGAACUAAGUACCACUUGUUUGAGUGGUUGAUAUGGUGGUAACUCCGCAUGCUUUUGCCCUUAGUUGCCCUUAUUGUUGUAGCUCAGUAAACAGAUUCAAAUUGUAACAAAGGAUUGUGACUUUACAUGUGAGGGUCGAUUAAAGUACUCCCGGGAAAGAACUUUAUCCAUAGAGGCAUAUGAUUUCGUGUGGCCCAUAAGGAGCGUGUGUUUGUGUGCAUGCAACUUCAUAGCAAGGAACAAAUACAUGUGUGAGUGAGUGGCAAAAUAUGACCAAAAUGGAAACAAACCUACCUGACAGGGAAAGAGGGUUACAUUUGGAUCCUUUUUUAAUUUGUCUGGUCAAUGAAAAUAAAAAUCACAUAUUUAUAUGUAGUUAGCAUGAUCCUAUUUUCCUCCAUUUUAAUUUGUCUCUCUCCCCCUUUUCUCUUCCCCCCCCCAAAAAAACAAAACAAAAUUAUUGCCUUUGGAUUCAAUAUGGGAAACUUACCCUAUCCAUCAGUAUUGUAGGAAAAGAAUAAAAUGAUUUGUUUACAAAUAAUUCACAAUUUUGUACAUAAAUGAUACAUAUUUCUGAUUUGUACAUAACUACUAGUAUAUGAUGGUUAAAUUAAAUAAUGGUAAGCAGAGGAUCGGUCUUUCAAGCAGUGUGCCUCAGCUGUAUGCGUAGGUACAUGUUUGCCAUUUGUUGAACAGCCAUAAUGAGGAAACUAACAGCAAUGACUUAUGUAAGAAGAUACCUGUAAGUUGGCAUAGUGUUUAGUAUCUUGACUGCAUAGAUACUCUUGCUCAAAGCAUCCACUAUGAAAAUGCAGUUUUCUGUAGGCACUGCAAUAUCUGUUGAAUGGAGAGGGUUGUCAGGUGUGUGUUUGUGUGUGCGUGCGUGCAUUUGCAUGUGGCUACAGUAGCUGCCCAGUUUCACUUUUGCAUUCUACAUCAAUUUUCAGGUCAUUUUUAUAAAGACUUAAUACUCUUGGCGUUUCAGAUUGCAUGUGUUACAUUUGUGGUUGGUUUAAUAUACAGACCAGCCAUGGAAUAUUGGAGCCCAGCAUUCUGUUUAACCCCAAACUUGACACCAUUGAAGUAUAAAUGUACAUAUGAGAGUUCUGACAUCCUGCAGUAUCAGUUAUAUUUUUGUUACUUCUGAUGUUUGUUUUAUGUCUGAUAUGGUGUAAUGAUUAUUUUAAUAGUGGUGAUUUAUGCUAUGUCUUGAUUGAUAUUAAUUAUAUUUGAGGAAACAUUACAGAAUGAGUCUGAUCUUCCAUAUAAACUGCUGAUAGUUCCUUACAGGAUAAGUUGACAGUAAUCCCCAAGGAACAUGGCAACCAUAUUUUGAUAGAAAGCAGAGUAUAUUACUCACAUUCACUCCCCUGUUUCCUGUACACCUUAAAAUUUUUGUGUCCCAUAUUCCAAAUUAAAGAUUUAUCUCUUAUUUUGUUGCCGUUUCAGAGAAAUUAAUGGGGUUGCUAAGCACUUUAUUGAAUAUAUAGUAAUACCACUCUGUAUCUUAAAUAAGUGAUUAAUAUUUGGAGCAUAAAUAUUUACACUUACUAAAGGAUGUUAGGUGUUUGAUUAGAGCAUGUGUUACUGCUGUGGAGAGAGAAACUUAUUUUAUAUCAAGCUACGUAUGAUGGCCAACUGAUGCAUGAGUGAAAUUUUGCUUGCAUAUUUGUAAGAUUGUUUAAGUUAUCAGUUUAAAAAUUGUAUGCCUGGAAGACUGAGCACAGUAUAGUAUGGACAAGCUAAUGUAAUCUGUGUGAUAAUUUAAUCAUGACAUUCAUACAUUGUGUUUAUUGAAUGCCCAACUAAAUUUAUGGCCAUUUUAACUUGGGAUUUGCCCGGAAAUUAAGACUGUAACGUUCCAAAGCAAAAUAAGAAACUCAUACUAAACCAGUGUGUAUACUUACAUUUUUGUUUUAAAAAAUAGCAUAAUCUAGGAAUAUUAUUUUAGAGAAGUAAAAUAUGAGUGGAAGGUGUGCUGACUGGAUAGGGUAAGAACACCAAAGCUGCAUGGAGCCAUUGGUGAAUGAAGGUAGAGUCUGUAAAACCAUUUGCUGUAAGGAUUUUGGUUAUUUUACUUUGUAUGGUAUAAUGAUAAUAAAUAAAACUGAUUCUUGGCAGGCUAAUUCACAUAUGAAUUGAUGUAACAUCA